AUGGUAACAAGUGCCACCCAUCAUCAGCUGGACUUCCAGCUAUCAGUCGGUGGAGCCGGGGUUAGUGCUAUUUUGAAUCCUUGGGACGUCCCUAUCCCCCUAAACCCUAACGAACCCCUACCCUUACAUAACCCUUACCUUUACCGUCCCAAGGAUCACAUUUAGACUUUUCCGUGGAGCCUGAGCGAAGAAGCAGGGGUCUGUUCAAAAGGUUGGGACGUUACAAAACGUCCAGAUAUAAAUGCAUUUUGACAGAUGCUCUUCUUGCUCCAUUAUUAAAAUAAAUCAAACAAUGUGCACGCAGCCUAUGUCAGGUCUUCUCUCAUUGAUUGAGACAAAAGGUGAGCAGGGAAGAUAGAACAGCAGGCAUAUUAAGAACGAUGAUAUAGUGAGAAGUUCAUGAAGCAGAGUGAAUGAUGAUGAUUAUUAGAGAAGGCACACAAUAAUUAGACCACAAAAAUGUUUCCAAUACAAACUUGGUGUAUAGUGGGACAUUUGGGUCUCUUUUCCUACAAUAAUGCUAUUAGACACACUGACUUUAUGUCUGUAAAGAAAUCAGAGAGAGUGUCUUCAGACUCUGAGCAACAUUAUGACUGGCAUGCAUGAGUUUCCUUUACCUGUUUUUCUUACAGUAAACAUAUUUGUUACAGCUAUUUAUAAUAAAUUAAUGAGGAACUUGUGUGCUGAGACACGAAGUCGUAGCCUAAUCCUCUGUUACAGUGAGGGAAAAAAGUAUUUGAUCCCCUGCUGAUUUUGUACGUUUGCCCACUGACAAAGACAUGAUCAGUCUAUAAUUUUAAUGGUAGGUUUAUUUGAACAGUGAGAGACAGAAUAACAACAACAAAAUCCAGAAAAACGCAUGUCAAAAAUGUUAUAAAUUGAUUUGCAUUUGAAUGAGGGAAAUAAGUAUUUGACCCCUCUGCAAAACAUGACUUAGUACUUGGUGACAAAACCCUUGCUGGCAAUCACAGAGGUCAGACGUUUCUUGUAGUUGGCCUUCAGGUUUGCACACAUCUCAGGAGGGAUUUUGUCCCACUCCUCUUUGCAGAUCUUCACCAAGUCAUUAAGGUUUCGAGGCUGACGUUUGGCAACUCAAACCUUCAGCUCCCGCCACAGAUUUCUAUGGGAUUAAGGUCUGGAGACUGGCUAGGCCACUCCAGGACCUUAAUGUGCCUCUUUUUGAGCCACUCCUUUGUUGCCUUGGCCGUGUGUUUUGGGUCAUUGUCAUGCUGGAAUACCCAUCCACGACCCAUUUUCAAUGCCCUGGCUGAGGGAAGGAGGUUCUCACGAUUUUGGUCUCAUUUGAUCACAACACUUUCACCCAGUUCUCCUCUGAAUCAUUCAGAUGUUCAUUGGCAAACUUCAGACGGGCCUGUAUAUUUGCUUUCUUGAGCAGGGGGACCUUGCGGGCGCUGCAGGAUUUCAGUCCUUCACGGCAUAGUGUGUUACCAAUUGUUUUCUUGAUUACUAUGGUCCCAGCUGCCUUGAGAUCAUUGACAAGAUCCUCUCGUGUAGUUCUGGGCUGAUUCCUCACCGUUCUCAUGAUCAAUGCAACUCCACGAGUUGAGAUCUUGCAUGGAGCCCCAGGCCGAGGGAGAUUGACUGUUAUUUUGUGUUUCUUCCAUUUGCGAAUAAUUGUACCAACUGUUGUCACCUUCUCACCAAGCUGCUUGGCGAUGGUCUUGUAGCCCAUUCCAGCCUUGUGUAGGUCUACAAUCUUGUCCCUGACAUCCUUGGAGAGCUCUUUGGUCUUGGCCAUGGUGGAGAGUUUGGAAUCUGAUUGAUUGAUUGCUUCUGUGGACAGGUGUCUUUUAUUCAGGUAACAAGCUGAGAUUAGGAGCACUCCCUUUAAGAGUGUGCUCCUAAUCUCAGUUUGUUACCUGUAUAAAAGACACCUGGGAGCCAGAAAUCUUUCUGAUUAAGAGGGGGUCAAAUACUUAUUUCCCUCAUUAAAAUGCAAAUCAAUUUAUAACAUUUUUGACAUGCGUUUUUCUGGAUUGUUUUGUUGUUAUUCUGUAUCUCACUGUUCAAAUAAACCUACCAUUAAAAUUAUAGACUGAUCAUUUCUUUGUCAGUGGGCAAACGUACAAAAUCAGCAGGGGAUCAAAUACUUUUUUCCCUCACUGUACGUAGAGAUAUGAGUGAGAUGGCUCCAGACUCCAAUUCAGCAUAAGGAAGUCUUAAGGUUAGUGUUUCGGAGGCUCUUUUUAUUGUUUGAUCAAUUCAAGAUUAGCCAGUUUAACGUCUCCUUUUAUUCUACCCACAACUAUCAUUCUACCUCACAUGAACACUUAGAAAGCCAUUAUACACACAAAAGUGUAAAUGGAAGUACUACCAGGGAGUAUACGACAGCCUUGUAUGUUGUUCCUAGAGGACAAAGCUUUUAUCAGGCAUUCUGCAUUUACAUAUCACACAAUGAAGCUUCUCAGAGGUGUGUCCCAUGAUUCCCUGCUUCGUUUGGGUGUUGUAGAAUGUAGAUCGGAUUACUCUGACAGAUAGCAGCCACUGUAAACUAUGCAUUAUUAUGUUAUUCUCAAUUAACAAUAGUAUGUACAUAGUAUGUACAUAUUACCUCAAUUACCUCGACUAACCAGUUCCCCCGCACAUUGACUCUGUACUGGUACCCCCUGUAUAUAAUCUCCCUACAGUUAUUUUAUUUAUUUUUUACUUAUCUAUUUUUCACUUAACACUUUUUUUCUUAAAACUGCAUUGUUGGUUAAGGGCUUGUAAGUAAACAUUUCACUGUAAUGUCUACACCUGUUGUAUUCGGCGCAUGUGGCAAAUAAAAAUUGAUUUGAUUUGAUUGAUUUAGUUAGUUAGUUGGGGAGUGUUGUAUUUGGAAUGGUGUGACAAAUGGACUUCUCUGCACAGUCAAAUGCAAUUGAGUCAUCACUUGACUCAUAUCUUGAUCACUCUCCUGUUUCAGCCCUGCAGUCUCUCUCCGGCACGCCUGCACAAUGCGUGCAUUUUCCUGCCAUCACCGCCCUUCCCUUUAGCUUGCCAUUCAAGUGGGCUCAUGCAGUACGACGUAGGAGGUGGGACUUUCCCUGAACCCUGGCUCCGGGAUCUGUCUGACAAACAGUCACAGGUGAUGGGUGUGGUCAGAGGUGCCGCGUCAAACGUUGGCUUCCAGAUCGGUAGCCCCCUGCCCCCUCCCACAGAGCCUAACCCCCCUGACCGCCGCUGUCUACCUGGGUUCUACAGCAGACAGGAGCUUCAACCUCACCUGGAGAGGGCCCGGGGCCUACGGUCAACACUUUGUGUCGGGAAGGAUGACCCCUACAGAGAUGAAAGAGAACCGUAUCUCCCUGCACCGCAGCCUGGGCAAUAACGCGCGCCUCUCAGAGUGAGUACAGGGGACUGAAGGGAAGCUAGUUUGGCGUGGUCACUGUGUAUUGAAAUGUGUGACCAUAUAAAUAUUAUAUGGAUGAUAUGUGUACAAUUGAAGCUUAUGUAGAAUAUCACUUGUUGUCUUUGUUGUCGUCAGCUGUGUGGGUCAAAGGUUCCGAAGCUGCCCUCCUCUCCCCACCACCAGUGUCAUUAUCGUUUCAGUGUCAUCAACCGUUUACAGCAUCCUGCACACUGCUCCUGCCUCCCUGCUCACAGAGAUACUACUGGUGGAUGAUGCUAGCACAGAUAGUGAAUGUGGUAUGGAAGGUGUUAUAAGCCUGACUGAAAGUGACAUUUCAUUGUGGAAAGUGACCUCUCCACAGUGACAUUUAUAGAACAACGGCAGAGUUUAUAAUAACUCUCAGUAGCAGUGCUCUCAGUAGAAUAGAUACACUACAUAUACAAAAGUAUGUGGACACCCCUUCAAAUGAGUGGAUUCGGCUAUUUCAGCCACACCCGUUGCUUACAGGUGUUUAAAAUCGAGCACACCGACAUGCAAUCUCCAUAGACAAACAUUGGCAGUAGAAUGGCCUUACUGAAGAGCUCAGGGACUUUCAACGUGGCACCGUCAUAGGAUGCCACCUUUCCAACAAGUCAGUUCGUCAAAUUUAUGCCCUGCUAGAGCUGCCCCGGUCAACUGUAAGUGCUGUUAUUGUGAAAUUGAAACGUCUGUGGACACCUGCUUGUGGAACAUCUCAUUCCAAAAUCAUGGGCAUUAAUAUGGAGUUAGUCCCCCCUUUAGCCACAGUAGCCUAAUUGGCCACUGUUAAAACCUUAACUUAAAGCUGGUACAGCCUCAGUAUUCACAGUAAACGCGCGCUGGAAGUUGCACAGAAUUUUCACAACAUUCAAGUUUGCGCUCAGCAGACAUGAAAUUUGCUCAGUGCUGAAAAAUAUUAAAGGGAACAUUGCCUACACCUAUAUACCACUAUCCCAUAAAAAUAAAAUCAAUAAAAAUAACACCACCCCAUUCCACUACUUGACCCUAACUGAUCCUACACCAGUACAAUGGCCUGGGAGGACAGGACUCUUUCGAUCAAUACACCUUGUAACUCUUCUGCAGUAAAGUCUCGUACACCCAAGUACUUCUCUGCAGCUGCCACCACAACAUCUAUUUUCUGUGAUUUACAUUCCAUUUAUGUGGUACAGUUGAUAACCAUGGCAAUGAAUGCUAAGAAGCCAACCUUACUGAAGCACAAAUUCGUAUCACUGUGUAUUGGCCUAGGCCUACUACUCACCCUUGACCAAUCAUCCUUUACUCUCUUCACUGCCUCAGCAUACGACACCUGCUGUUCUACUCUGACCCUGGCAACCUCAACCUGUCUCUCUCACACUGGACACUUCUGAUCCCAGCAACAUGGGCACUCCCACAAUUGACACAUAGUUUUUCCACCGAUACUACACAUUCCUUUGUCCCAUGCCCUCCUACACACUUCUUACAUUUCCAAAUCUCCCUCCUACACACUGCUGCAACAUGACCUCAAGCUUAACAUCUGAAACACCUUAGUAGGUGACUCUGCUUCAAAACUCAAAAGGAUAGACAGUGUCUUCUCAGUUUCACCACGCUCGCCAUCCGGUCUGGCUCGCACCAUACGGCGGGUGUCACAGACACAGGGAAUCUUCAAUUUCAGUUGCUCCACCUCAACACUUAACGAGAGCAAAGCAAGUCACAGGUCUUGUCCCGAGUCACGUGAUGCAGAGUGCUAGCUCCCUCUGGGCAGAGGAAAUAUAGAAAAUCAUCAUAAGUCCACUUCGAGCUACCUUCACCGAUUUAACAAUUAUUUUAUACCCAGAAUGAUAUGGGCCAGCCCAUAUGGCAGGGAUCCACUUUUUCCAAAAAUGUCACUCCCACUGAGCCAGAUUCAUCCUUUGCAUGAACAUCGGGGCGAGGCUCAGACUCAGAUGUCUUCACCACACCUGCCACCGCAGGUCAUUCAUCCUUGUUCUCAUCAGGUUAAAUUUCUGUGCCAUCAGAGACAGCAGAAUAUGGUUUGUACUUGGCGCCAUUCUUCCUCAACACACAUCUUCCCUCUACACACGGCUUAUCUCCUCCUUCCUCGCUGUCCGUAACCACGUCUAUCCGUUUACCACGCUCUUGCCGCGCCUUCAUCUGCUGUAUUCUUUGCAGAACACGCACUGAUGGCGUUUCUCCAGAACCUAACUUCUGUUCCUUAGCUCAGUUUACAAGUCUGGCUAUCUCUGGCCUCUCAAUGCUCGCAAGACAAACAAACCCUGACUGAUUUUGGUAGUUAAUGUAGACUUGAUGCCCUCUGCUGGUCAAAGCAGACACUGCUUCCUUCUGUAGUCUGAUUCCCUUCAUGGUUACUUCCUGUGUUCCCUAGGAUACUUUUAUUCCGUGUCACUGUUGCUCCAAGCUUGUGCCUCAACCAUUCAGUCCUUGGCCUUUUCUGCGUCCACUCCAGAGACCUGGAAUGUCCUGUGUGAUGUGUCUUCUUGUAGGUGAGGCAGUUGGGAGGCCAGCUGGAGAUCGUCCCCUGCUCAGUGGUGGGCCAUAUCUUCUGCAGUAAGAGCCCUCACACCUUCCCCAAAGGCACAUCGGUGAUCGCCCACAACCAGGUGCACCUAGCCGAGGUCUGGAAGGACGACUACAAGCAGAUCUUCUUCCGCAGGAACAAGAGGACUGCCACCAUAGCCAAAGAGGUUGGGAACUGGAAUUAGAAUGGGAAUUGGAAUGGGAAUUGGGAGGUUGUGAACUGGCAUUGGGGUGCCAGGACAACAACCUAUACCCUCAAUGUCAGCAAAACAAAGGAGUUGAUUGUUGACUUCAGGAAGCAGAGGAGGGAACAUGCCCGAUCCACGUCAAUGGGACUGCAGUAGAGAAAGUCAGCAGUUUUAAAUUCCUCGGUGUCCACAACACCGAUGACUUGACAUGGACCAACAACACCACCACCACUCAACACCACCUCAAAUUCCUAAGCCGGCUGAAGAAAUUCCCACCCAUCCAGGACAUCUACUUGAAACAGUGCCUGAGGAAGUCCCGCAGCAUCAUCAAAAAACCCACACACCCCAGCCAUAAACUGUUCACUCCUUUACCGUCAGGCUCAGAGACAGUUUCUAUCUACAAGCCAUCAGACUGCUGAACACAAACUGGACUGACCACCUGUACUGAUUCUCCACACCAUUGCACUCACUCACACGCAUAAACAUUCAUGCUACACACACAUCACAAUUGCUGCUACCAGACUCUUAUUUAUUAUUGCUAAUCCUGCACAAUUGAAACACUUGCCCCCCAAUCCCAAUACAUGUGUAAAUAUUAUAAUAUAAAUUGUGCCUACCUGUAUGCCAUUUAGCAGACACUUUUAUCCAAAGCAACUUAUAGUAAUGCGUGGAUAUAUUUUACGUAUGGGUGGUCCCAGGAAUCCAACCCACUACCUUGGCCUUACAAGCACCGUGCUCUAUCAACUGAGCUAGGUAUUAUACUUAUGCUAAAAUGUCUAUUCUAUUCUACUCAGCCAUUUACUUUAUGUUCGUAUUCGUGUCUUUUAUUAUUUCUUAUUGUUGUUGCGUUGUCGAGAAGGAACCUGCAAGUAAGCAGUUUGUUGGACAGUAUAUACCAUGUGUGUCCUGUAAAGACGACUAAUAAAACUAGGUUAUUUUCUCACACUGUUGCACAUAUUGCUCAGCUGAUUAAAGUGUGGUAUUGCACUGUAUCCUGCACUCUUAGAAAAAAAGGUGCUUUCUAGAACCUAAAAGGGUUAUUUGGCUGUCCCCAUAGGAAAACGACAUUUGAAACCCCACCUCUUUAAGGAACACCUGGGAUAGGAUAAAGUAAUCCUUCUGGUUUGAAUACCUGAGCCAUCAAGGUGAAAAAUCUGUCGCUGUGUCCUUGAGCAAGGCACUUAAAGGGCAAUUCUGCCACUUUACAACCUUGUCUUCAGCACCAAACCAGUGUCUACUUAUGUGAAAAGUUUCUAUGAUCUGUGGAUAAAAAGAUAAGAAGAAAGGUCUUUAAAAAAUGCUUAUCUGUGACAUCACAGGGUAGGCUUUAAUGUAAAAAAGCUAUUUUCAAAACCUGCAACGGGUUUCUAGUCCAAGGGAGGGUAUUUUCUUGCUCACCCCGAAUCUCAUGGUGUUUGAAAAUCACUGUUUUGAAAAUCACUGUUAACUUUUGAUGAUGUCAUCGGGUAGAACUUUUUCACAUUAUAUUGUUUUCUAGAAAUGCGCUGUUUUCACAUACAGUGGGGGGGAAAAAGUAUUUAGUCAGCCAACAAUUGUGCAAGUUCUCCCACUUAAAAAGAUGAGAGAGGCCUGUAAUUUUCAUCAUAGGGACACGUCAACUAUGACAGACAAAUUGAGGAAAAAAAAUCCAGAAAAUCACAUUGUAGGAUUUUUUAUGAAUUUAUUUGCAAAUUAUGGUGGAAAAUAAGUAUUUGGUCACCUACAAACAAGCAAGAUUUCUGGCUCUCACAGACCUGUAACUUCUUCUUUAAGAGGCUCCUCUGUCCUCCACUCGUUACCUGUAUUAAUGGCACCUGUUUGAACUUGUUAUCAGUAUAAAAGACACCUGUCCACAACCUUAAACAGUCACACUCCAAACUCCACUAUGGCCAAGACCAAAGAGCUGUCAAAGGACACCAGAAACAAAAUUGUAGACCUGCAUCAGGCUGGGAAGACUGAAUCUGCAAUAGGUAAGCAGCUUGGUUUGAAGAAAUCAACUGUGGGAGCAAUUAUUAGGAAAUGGAAGACAUACAAGACCACUGAUAAUCUCCCUCGAUCUGGGGCUCCACGCAAGAUCUCACCCCGUGGGGUCAAAAUGAUCACAAGAACGGUGAGCAAAAAUCCCAGAACCACACAGGGGGACCUAGUGAAUGACCUGCAGAGAGCUGGGACCAAAGUAACAAAGCCUACCAUCAGUAACACACUACGCCGCCAGGGACUCAAAUCCUGCAGUGCCAGACGUGUCCCCUGCUUAAGCCAGUACAUGUCCAGGCCCGUCUGAAGUUUGCUAGAGUGCAUUUGGAUGAUCCAGAAGAGGAUUGGGAGAAUGUCAUAUGGUCAGAUGAAACCAAAAUAUAACUUUUUGGUAAAAACUCAACUUGUCGUGUUUGGAGGACAAAGUUUGCACAAUGCUGAGUUGCAUCCAAAGAACACCAUAUCUACUGUGAAGCAUGUGGGUGGAAACAUCAUGCUUUGGGGCUGUUUUUCUGCAAAGGGACCAGGACGACUGAUCCGUGUAAAGGAAAGAAUGAAUGGGGCCAUGUAUCGUGAGAUUUUGAGUGAAAACCUCCUUCCAUCAGCAAGGGCAUUGAAGAUGAAACGUGGCUGGGUCUUUCAGCAUGACAAUGAUCCCAAACACACCGCCCGGGCAACGAAGGAGUGGCUUCGUAAGAAGCAUUUCAAGGUCCUGGAGUGGCCUAGCCAGUCUCCAGAUCUCAACCCCAUAGAAAAUCUUUGGAGGGAGUUGAAAGUCUGUGUUGCCCAGCGACAGCCCCAAACAUCACUGCUCUAGAGGAGAUCUGCAUGGAGGAAUGGGCCAAAACACCAGCAACAGUGUGUGAAAACCUUGUGAAGACUUACAGAAAACGUUUGACCUGUGUCAUUGCCAACAAAGGGUAUAUAACAAAGUAUUGAGAAACUUUUGUUAUUGACCAAAUACUUAUUUUCCACCAUAAUUUGCAAAUAAAUUCAUAAAAAAUCCUACAAUGUGAUUUUCUGGAUUUUAUUUUCUCAUUUUGUCUGUCAUAGUUGACGUGUACCUAUGAUGAAAAUUACAGGCCUCUCACAUCUUUUUAAGUGGGAGAACUUGCACAAUUGGUGGCUGACUAAAUACUUUUUUUUUCCCCACUGUAUGUUGACACUGGUAUUGUGCUAGAGAUAAUGAAAAUGAGGUCGAAAAGUGGUGGAGUUGCCCUUUAACCCUAAUUUGCACUAUUUGCACUGUAAGAAACAACACAUUUCACUGCACCUAUCUGGUGUAUGUAACAAUAAAACAAUACAGAAUAUAUAUAUAAAAAAUGACACGGCGAUCUUUGUUUUAUUUUUCUUCUUCCUGUUCACUCAGAACACAUAUGGUGACAUCUCAGAAAGCCUCAUACUCAAAGAGAAGCUAAGCUGCAAAAACAUCACAUGAUACUUGCACAAUGUUUACCCAGAGGCUUAUGUUCAGUUUAUUUCACUUUCAUUGGAAAUUGGAUUGUCAGUUUAUAAUUACUCAUCUACUUUUUAAAUCUAUAUUCUGCUAAAAUUCUAUUUUAUCAGCUCAAGAACUCUGGCUCUAAGACUUGCCUGGAUGUGGGAGAAAAUAAUAAGGGUGGAAAAAAACAGUUAUCUUGUACACAUGCCACAACAUGGGAGGAAACCAGGUACUUUAGUCUAAAUCAUGUACAAUGUGCAGGUUCCAUAUAAUUGCCAAACAGUUUUUUUCCUAACAUAACAUUUCUGUGUGUAGUAUUUCGAGUAAACAUCCCACCAAGAACUUCGGCACGACAUCGGUAAGCAUCUGUGUCUGCAUGCGACCCCUGGGGCAGCGCUGGUGUCCACUGAGUUCUGCUGCCUGAAGGGCUUAGGAACGCGGUGGACCCUGAGCAAGUGUGGCAUUUCACACCGAUACGUAACCAUGACAAUCUAAACUGUCAACAUAUAUUCUAUUGUUUAGUUUGUUUCACAUUUACACAAUGAAAAUAAAAACAUAUCUUCUUCACUGCUCUGGAAGUCUUCCUGUGGUUCUUGUACAUGGGUUUGUUCCAUAUCCAGUAUGUGAAGACCAUUUGGAAGUCAUUUUCUCCUCUCCAGGACAAAAGGACAAAACACUGAUUGUUGCCUUGUAUUGCAGCACAAGACCAUUAACUACUUUACAGUAAACACAUGCUGUUACACACAGCUUGGCUAUAUUAAUGCUGCACUGUUUUCAGGAGGCAAGUGCAGAACAGAGCAUUGUGGUCACUUGCAGCGCACAUUAGCCUUUUAUGCUGCUCAUCAUUGUUUUAAUUAUGUUGUAUGUGUGUGUGUAUAGGGUUCUUUCCUGAAGAAUCCCUCUUCGGCAAAUGUUUGACAGUAGUCGGAGGUAAAGUGGUGAUGAGUAGCUGUGACUCGGCCAAUCUCAGCCAGCACUGGGCCCUCAGCUGA